GGAAGGGCGGGAGCGGCGUGUGCGGCGUGUGGCGAGAUGGCGGCGGGGAAGAGGAAGCGUGCGGCGCUCCCGCCGGGAAAGGGGAAGCGCGCCAGGACCGACCCCAGCGCGGCAGAGGCAGAGGCGGCCCCGGCCGGAGCCCCGCAGGAAUACAGCAUCCCGCCGCCCGUGUCCCAGGGUAAAUGGAAGAAUAAGGAGCGAGUGCUGAUAUUCUCCUCUCGUGGAAUUAAUUUCAGAACAAGGCACCUAAUGCAAGACUUGAGAACAUUGAUGCCUCACUCUAAAGCAGAUACUAAAAUGGACCGUAAAGACCAGUUAUUUGUAAUUAAUGAGGUGUGUGAAAUGAAAAACUGCAAUAAGUGCAUCUUUUUUGAAGCCAAAAAGAAACAGGAUCUCUAUAUGUGGCUUUCAAACACACCACAAGGACCAUCAGCUAAAUUCUUAGUGCAGAAUGUUCACACACUGGCUGAAUUGAAGAUGACAGGAAAUUGCCUAAGGGGCUCACGGCCCCUCUUGUCUUUUGAUCCAAUAUUUGACAAGGAGCCACACUAUGCCCUGCUAAAAGAAUUGUUUAUUCAGAUAUUUAGUACACCGCAGUAUCACCCCAAAAGCCAACCUUUUGUCGAUCAUGUUUUCACCUUCACCGUUACAGAUGAGAGGAUCUGGUUUCGGAAUUACCAGAUAAUAGAAGAAGAUGCAUCUCUAGUAGAAAUUGGGCCUCGUUUUGUCCUGAACCUCAUAAAAAUCUUCCAAGGUAGCUUUGGAGGACCAACUCUGUAUGAAAAUCCUCAUUACCAGUCCCCAAAUAUGCAUCGACGGCUGCUGAGAUUGUCAGUGGCAGCUAAGUUUAGAGAAAAACAGCAUGUGAAAGAAGUGCAAAAGGAGAAGAAAAAAGCGAGUAAGGUCCUUGUUAAAGAAGAUCCUACCGAAGUGGUCUUUGAAACUCCGGCUGAAGAAAAGCCAGUGGAAAUACAGUUUGUGAAACCAGAGUCAAAGCCAAUUGUUAAAGAUAAAAAGAAACUACGCAAAAUUCAGAGGAAGAAACAAAAAAAGCUGUUCAGAACUGAAGCAUCAGCAUAAGUGUUGCAAGGGUGGAAACUAGCUAUAUUGAUAUAAUAUUGUAAAUAAUUGUUUCUACAGGCAAAACUAUUUGGAGUUCAGUUUUAAGUAAACAAAAUAUCCAUUUCUUUAUUAGGAUUGCUUGUGUGUUCUUUUUU